UGUCAGUGUCACUGUCAAAAGAAUUUUGGUCGAUUUUCUUCUUCACUUCAACAUAAAUUACCUUGACAUUAUUAUAUUUUAUUGCUCGAUGACUAUGAUAUCAUUCAAAACAUGUCGAUUACGGCAUUGAUAGGCAUCCGCGUAGCUGCCGUAAACAUCGAUUAAUAGCCGCGGUCCGAUAAUCUCGUCACCAUGUACUGUUUGCAAUGGUUGAUCCCCGUUCUGUUGAUACCGAAGCCCGUCAACCCGGCGCUCGUGAAUACGCACGUAAUGUUCAUGGUGUUGUACCUGGUCGGAUUUUUCCUGGAGAGGAAGCCGUGUACGGUGUGCAGUGUGGUAUUCAUGGCGGCCGUCAUACUUAUAUGCUACAGUGGAAUCGGGAAUUGUUUGUUUUGGUCCCAAUGCGAAUGCAGUGAUAAAUAUGACACUUAGUGCCUUCAUCAUGAGACCUCGACGUGCUAAAGUGCAACUAAGUGUUCCUUGUCAACGAAUAUCUCACAUUGUCAAUACACCCGGGAAAGUCGCCGUGCAGUUUUAUCCAAUGAACGAAAAUUAUAUAUUUUUGUAAAUAGCAAAAUCCUAUAUUGUUUACAAAUUCUGAUGUCGGAAUGUGACUAUGGGAGGCCAAGUGGUGGAUGUGCUAAUGUACUUAUAUACUAUCUCAUUUUUUAUGUUGAUUAUUAAUUAUUAAUACAUAUGUGAUCAUUAUUAAAUGUACAGUUAUUAUUAGUGAAUAAAGUUUUAAAAUGUA